AUGGAAGGUCGGAGGCGGCUGGAGCGGCGGCUGUCGCUGGGGGACUACAAGAAGGCGGUGUCCUGGUCCAAGUACCUGGUGGCGCCGCCGGGGGCCAAGAUCCGGGGCGGCGGCGAGGAGCUCUGGAGCGCCGACCUCUCCAAGCUCCAGAUCCGCGCGCGCUUCGCCUCCGGCCGCCACAGCCGCGUCUACUCCGGCCGCUACAACGGCCGCGAGGUCGCCAUCAAGAUGGUCAGCCAGCCCGAGGAGGACGCCGCGCUCGCCGCCGAGCUCGAGCGCCAGUUCGCCUCCGAGGUCGCGCUCCUCCUCCGCCUCCGCCACCACAACAUCCUCUCCUUCGUUGCAGCAUGCAAGAAACCACCAGUGUUCUGUAUCAUCACUGAGUACAUGGCAGGGGGUUCCCUUAGGAAGUAUCUACACCAGCAAGAGCCUCAUUCAGUCCCCAUCGAACUAGUUCUGAAACUAGCUCUAGACAUUGCCCGUGGGAUGAGCUACCUGCACUCACAGGGGAUACUCCAUAGGGACCUGAAGUCAGAGAACGUGCUUCUCGGGGAAGAUAUGUCCGUCAAAGUGGCGGAUUUCGGGAUCUCAUGUUUGGAGUCGCAGUGCGGUAGCGGCAAGGGGUUUACGGGGACCUAUCGGUGGAUGGCUCCUGAAAUGAUCAAGGAGAAAAACCAUACUAGAAAAGUCGAUGUGUACAGCUUUGGGAUCGUCUUGUGGGAGAUUUUAACUGCUUUGGUUCCAUUCAGCGAGAUGACACCUGAGCAGGCUGCUAUAGCUGUCGCCCUCAAGAAUGCGAGGCCACCGCUACCUGCUUCGUGCCCUGUGGCCAUGAGCCAUCUGAUAUCUCAGUGCUGGGCGACAAACCCGGAAAGAAGACCUCAGUUUGACGAUAUCGUCACGGUCCUCGAGGGCUACAAGGAAGCGCUUGACAACGACCCGUCAUUCUUCCUGUCAUACAUACCGCCUCCGCCGCAACACCACCCGCAGCACCAGCAGAGCCUUCUCCGGUGCUUCCCUCGGGUGAAAUCAGUGCGACGGUCCGCUUCUCUCAAGGCAUGA